AUGGAAGAAAAGUACAACCAUCAGGCACAAGGGUACCCCCUCGCUUCACCCUCCAUGCCAAGAAGCGACCAAGAAUACACCACCACAAACUACCAACCCUCUCAAACCCUAGCAAAAUGGAAAAAAAUCCGGCUCCGCCGAUUAGCUUACUUGGCGUUUGUGGCCUCGACUCUUGCCACGCUUGUCCUCGUCAUCACCCUCGUCUUCUUUCGAGCGACCACGCCCCGGGCCCGCUUGGCCGACGUCGAGCUGACUGGAGCCGCCACCGGCGAUGGCCUCCGACUGACCGGGCGGGUCUCGGUCAGUAACCGAAACUUCGCGCGGUACGAGUUCGAGAGUUCCCUUGCCACCGUACGGGCGGCCGACGGCAUGUAUGCGGGUCGCUUCGUUAUCCACGACGAGCAUGUCAGGGCACGCUCGACGGCUAGGGUUUACGUGGUUGCGGAUUUGAGCCGCCCGAGCACGGUCAACGGCCUGUCGGAUUAUCGAGUGGAGUCGAGGUUGAAGGGUAGGGUUAGGAUUUUGAGGGUGUUUAGGAGAAAUAGGUUGACCGUGUUGAAUUGUACCAUGACCGUUGACUUGACAACAAAUGGUGUUAGGAACUUGAGGUGCUACUAG